GGAUCGAGUGGGCAGUAGUUUUUGCGCCGGGAUACGGAAGUCUAGUGCAGGGCGUUGUAAUAAUUCUACUCCAUUGACUACAGAUCUGUUUCCUGGUACCGUCUGACGGUUCUGAUCGGAAGCCGGGAUCCGGAGAUCGAUAAAGCGUCCCCCUAGUUGAUAAUGGCAGAAGAGACCGCGACGAGGCUUAGAAUUCUGGGGUAGAAACUCGGUGAACUCCGGUUCUGUUAUUAUCAACGCAAAAAGAAGAUAUGCAUGUUAAUAAUCCAAACACGCUUGACAAAUGCCAACUUUUGUUCGGUACCCUGGCUCGCUGGGUGAGUCCUCGGCUCUUGACGCGGCUCUGGAUGCGGGUGCGAGGAGUGUAGAGUUUACUGGUCUAUGCAGCUGGUUGGUUGCACAGCUGAAGAGUGUGUGUCCCUCCAUUGAGGAGAGCAUUAGCCCAACACAGGGUCCGGAGGAGGCGGACAGCUUUCAGCUUGAGGUGAGUGGCGUGGUCAGCGAGCUGCACUGCCCCUACACAGCCCUGACCACUGGAGAAGUGACCACGAGGCUGACCAGCAGGGACAACUGUCACAACCUGCUGGGGUUCCUAAUUUCAGAGCUGCAGGCGGCGCGUGUCCUCAAGGCAAGAGAGCCCCUCCCAGUGGAGACAGAUGGAGGGAAGGCCAGGGGGGAGAUUCAACUCAUCUGUCAGGCCCUGGAGAUCGAACCCAAGUCCCUCCACAACCCAGCCCUGCUCACUGAGGUUCAGAACACGGUGUCCCUGCGUCUCCACAGUCUCCCUGACAGUGCGGUGAUGAACCCUCUUCUCAAGAGGCAGCUGGACCCCGAGCUCUGGGGUCAGCUGGCUGCAGUGAGCCAGGCUCUCCGGGUGGAGUACGAGUGCCGCAUGCGCAUGCUGAUCAAACGUUUCCAGGUCACAGUGCAGUCCUUCCACUGGGGAGAGCGGGGCGAGGCCCGCAGUCACUCCAUGUCCUCAGUGGUCUUCCCUCUCGAAGCCGCUCUCUCGUCCGUCUCCCUGGUGUCUCUGUCCCACCUGCUAGCGGCUCGCGAGGACGCGUCCCGCAUAGUGAAGACAAGCAGCGGGUCGUCCCGGCUGGGGACAAGCUGCGCCGUCAACAAGAUUCUGAUGGGCAGUGUUCCUGAUCGGGGGGGCCGCCCCGGGGAGAUCGAGCACCCCAUGCCAUCCUGGGAGAGGCGCAGAGAGGGAGGGCACCCGCAGCACCAGCAGAAACGCUCGGGAAAGAAGCGGAGAGACAAGUAAAGGUGCAAUCCCUUUCCGAAACACCGGGUGGCAGCAGAGCCUCAGUAAUGUGGUGUAAAGGGAGGGGGGGGCGUCUCAGUUAGAGAAAGUUUGAGCUCUGAUGAAACCCCCGAGUGCUUAACUAAAAAUAAAAUUCAUGCGGAUCGAUUAUAGUAAGAUUAGAAAAUAUAUAUAUAUUUUAUAUAUAUUUCUUUUUUUUCAUUAAAAAUUUUAUAUAUAAAUAAUUCAAGUAAACGUUUGAUCACCAAAGAUAAAGAAUAUUUACUUGAAUGUGUUUACAUUUGCCUCCCUUACUGUUGAAUAGAAGGAGUUUAUUUUAGUAAAAGAUUGUAACUUUAGUAGGGUAAAUACUAGGGGUGUCGCGAUUUAGUGUGUAUCGGUGAAUCAUGAUGCUUUCUUUACAUGAUGUACCGUAUCUUUAAGCACUUUGUGAUGGUGGUCCACUAUGAAAGGCGCUAUAUAAAAUAAAGAUGGAUUUUUAUUCUAAUACAUUUCUGCAGUGUGUGUUUGGACUCACCUGUUUUGUAGAGUUUCAGUCAGUAAGUUGUCAAGCUACAGAUUUGUCUUGCAUGUUUCCCUAAUAAACUUUUUGAUGCAUUUUCCGUG